AGUUUAUUGGGCCUGAGGUCAGAGAAGAUCUUGUUGGGUUUUGGUUUGUUUCACCAUCAAUGACUAGUUUUACUGGGGUAUGAUCAGAGGAAAGAUGUUAUAAAUAGCAAGGGGUAAGUUACUUGGGGUGGAAUAUAUGAAGAAGUCUAAUAACUGGAUGCCUAUUGGUGUGGGUGGGCCAAUAUGUCGGUCCAGUAGGUGCGAGGGGUGACCAUUUAUGAUUGGUAAUUGUUUUGUGUAGGAUUUUACCUCUUGGAGAGGUGGAGCGGCAGCCCCAUACUGGGUGUUUGGAAUUAAAGUCACCACCUGCAAUGAAAUUAUUCCCUAGUGAGAUAAAAAGUUGAGCAAAAUCUUGAGUGGUGAUUUUUUGGCUGGGAGAACAGUAGACUGAAGCAAGGGUUAGUGGAACAUGGUUUAGGAAAAUUUGGAUAGAAACUGACUGGAGGUUGGUUUGUGGAUUGAUUGAGUGUAGGUUAUGAAUUAAUUUAGUAGCAAUAAUUAUGGCAGAGCCUGCAUGAGCCGUACCGUCCGGGUGGUCUGCACGGUAUAUUGAGUAACCAGGUAGUUUUAAUUUUAUUGUUUUAGUUAGGUGAGUUUCAGUGAUACAAUUUUUAAAUGAUCAAGAUAUACCAAGGCCUUCACGCUCCAAUUUGGACACUGACAAUGAUGAGAAGACGUCAAAUCGGCUUGUCUGAAUGGUUUCAUUAUGUCCGAUCUUAACGGAAAUGCGUCAUCAGCAACAAAAACGUAAGAUUAAUCUGGAAAAAUUAUCAGAAACAGCAAUAGAAUCAAAUGAGGACCCUUCUUCUGAAGAUCUACCUACAUCUACUCACACAAGUACUACUUCUACAGAUACUACUUGCACUAAAUCUCAAUCUACAAGACCAUUAAAAAGAAAUUCUGAAGCAGCUUUAACAAAAGAUGUUUUGCUAACCGUACAGAAUCACUUUAAACGUCCAGCAUCUCAAGAUGAUCGAUAUGACAUUUUCGGUAAAGGGGUAACACUGAAACUUCGAGACUUAGACAAAACACAAGCAUUGUUUGCUGAAAAAAAUUAUCAACGAAGCUUUGUUCUUAGGCGAAAUGGGGAACUUAACAAUAUCACAUAAGGUAAUGACUCCAAC